CAGCAGAUCAUUCCACUGACUCCUGACCUACAUCACAGACAGUACAGCAGACAGUUAUGGCACCAGUUAUGGCUCUUGGCACCAACCAGAACCCACUGAAUUUUUUAAACCAGGAUUACGAGCAGCUGAAGGCGCAGUGUCUGGCGUCCAACACUCUGUUUGAAGAUGAGACUUUCCCUGCAGACCAAGUGUCUCUGGGUAACGAUAAACUGGGGCCACAUACUGAAGAAGCCAAAGGAAUCGUCUGGCUGAGACCAUUGGAAAUCCAUUCCAGCCCUGAAUUUAUUACCAGCGGAGCAAGUCGAUUUGAUGCCUGUCAACAUGGACUUGGGGACUGCUGGUUGGUGAGCGUUAUGGCAUCUCUUACACUCAACAAACAUCAUCUGUCUCUGGUUGUUCCUGAGGAUCAAAGUUUCCAGACUAAUUAUGCAGGGAUCUUCCACUUCAAGUUCUGGAAAUGUGGUGAGUGGAUUGAUGUAGUUGUGGACGACAGACUUCCUACUAAACACGGGGAACUAGUGUUUGUUCGGUCAACUGAGAGCAAUGAGUUCUGGACUGCUCUUCUGGAAAAAGCUUACGCCAAGUUAAAUGGAUGCUACGAUGCUCUUCAUGGAGGCAUUCCUACUAAAGCUCUCGAGGACUUCACUGGUGGCAUUUGUGAAAGAUACUUUUUAAAAAAGGCUCCACCUGGUUUGUUCCAGAUAGUCCAGACAGCUUUGUGGGCAAACUCACUGCUCACCUGUUGUUCUAAACAUAAAGAAGGAAAAGGUGAAGCCAUUGGAGAGUGCCAUGUAGUGUCAGGCCAUGCGUAUUCUGUCACUGGUGCACAGGAGGUGUCCUACCACAAUGGGAAGGUGCAGCUGAUCCGCCUGAGGAAUCCCUGGGGUCACACAGAAUGGGAAGGAGCAUGGAGUGAUAAUGCCCCCGAAUGGGAAAACAUUGAUCCCAAGGUGAGAGCGGUUCUUAACACUCGGUGUGUUGAUGGAGAAGCUUGGAUGAGGUUUUCUGACUUCCUUCAUGAGUAUGAUUCUGUGGAAAUUUGUAACCUUUGCUCGGCCUCUGUGACUAGUGGGGGUGAACUGCAGUGGACGAUUUUUCAUUUCGAUGGGAAUUACGACAGUACUACAGACACAGCUUGGAUCAACCCACAGUUUCGGAUUAAGGUGGAGGAACCUGAUGAAGAUGAGGAAGGGGCAGAAGAUGCCAGUCUCUGUACAGUAGUUGUGGGUUUGACUCUCAAAGACAAGUCAUUGUCAGAGGAUUUGGACCUUGAUUUUGACAUAUACUCGAUUCAAGAUCAAGCACAGAAAUCAACAGGCCAGGCACUGAGCUACAGAAGUCAGCAUGGGGUGUCAAAGAGGUUCAAGGUGCCCAUCGGAGAAUACGUGGUUGUCCCACGCAAUUUAAACCAGGCUGAGGAUUUUUGCGUUCGUGUCUUCUCAGCUACUAGGACUGGAGAUGUCUAAGUAUCGGCACAUUCAAAAUACACAUAUAUAAUCCUGCAAUGUGCAAAAAAAAUGGAACAAUC